AUGGGUGGCGCCGCUGUAGCAUCCUCGCUCAACGGCGUGACCGUUGGUGAGGCCAAGCUUCUCUCCAAGGCCAACGUUCGUCCCAUCUUCUUCUGUGCACUCGCCGUCGUCGGUGCGAUCCUCUACGGUUACGAUGGUACCUACUUCACCGGUAUCCUCGAGAUGCAACGCUUCAAGCGAGACUUUGGUAACCUCAACCCAGAGAACGGCGAAUACUUUAUCCCCUCCAAUGAUCAGUCCCUCUACGCUUCCAUCGUUCAGGCUGGUGAAGUCGUCGGUUCCCUGAUUGCCGCUCCCCUUGGUGACUAUGUCGGUCGACGAGGUGGGUUUUUCGGUGCCUGCACUCUUGUUACCAUUGGUGUCGUCCUUCAGCUCGUUACCAUUGGCUCCAAGCCGCUUCUCACGCUUGGUCGAGGUGUUCUCGGUGCCGGUGUUGGUGUCAUUUCCAACUGCACUCCUCUCUACCUCUCCGAAAUCGCUCCCACUGCGAUUCGAGGUGCCAUUGUAUCGUCCUGGCAGCUCAUGCUUGCUAUCGGUCAGGUCAUCGGUGCUUGCAUUGCUCAGGGCACCAAGGACAUCGACUCGACAUGGUCCUACCGCAUUCCUAUUAUCUUCAACCUCUUCUUCGUUGCAAUCCUCGUCGGCGGCAUGUACAUCAUCCCCGAAUCGCCUCGAUGGCUCAUCCAGAAGAACCGCGACGAAAAGGCUCUCGCUGCCCUCAAACGUGUCAACAAGGGUCAGCACGAUGAUGUUCGCGACCAUGUCAUUGCUCUCGAGUACAAUGCUUUCCGACAGGCCCGCCAAGACGAGCUCGAGCUCUCCGGUGCAGGUGGCUGGAGCACCCUCUUCCACGGUGUUGAGCUCCGCAAGUUUGCCUGCGUUCUUGGUAUCUUGAUCGGUCAGCAGAUCGGCGGUGUUCAGUUUAUCUUCUCCUACACUGUCACUUUCAUGACUGCCGUCGGUCUUAAGGAUGCUUUCAUCAUCACCAUUAUUGUCGAUGUCAUCGAGGUCGUUGGUGUUCUUUGUUCCUUCCUCCUUGUCAACCGCUUCGGACGACGCCCCUUGAUCCUUUGGACUUCGAUCCCCAUGUUCAUCUCGCUCUUCGUCGUUGCUGGUAUCGGUACAAAAGGUCUUCCUCCUCGCGGCCAGUCGCUCCCUUGGCCUGGCGUCAUUACCGUCACUGAGGGUCGAACCAUCGCUGCUAUGAUCUGCAUCUACGUCUUCUUCUUCAACUUGGCUUGGGGCCCCCUCGCAUGGGUCGUCGCUUCCGAGUUGGCAGUCGGCAAGAACCGCAGCAAGAUCAUGUCGGUCGGCACUGCUUGCUUCUGGGUCAUUGCCUGGGCUGUCACUUUCACCCUCCCUUACCUCUUCUACAACGCCAAUCUCGGUGCUCAGAUCGGCUGGAUCUACGGUGUCGGUACUCUCAUCGCUAUGGUCUUUGUCUACUUCUACAUCCCCGAGACGUUCGGUCGCUCGCUUGAGGAGAUCAACGAGAUGCUAGAGGCUCGCGUUCCCACACGUCAGUGGACCACCUAUGUUACCCAACAGGAGCGUCUGCUUCUCGACCAGAGCCGUCAGGUCGACGACGACGACUUGGCUCUCAGCAUCAACCCUACCGAUCUUUCUCCUACCGCUUCCAAGGCUGGAGACAAGAGCGCAGACCAGCCGUACAGCGCUAAGCUCGGCGAAGGCAUUGCCAACCCGACAAAACUUGGUACCAAGGAUGUCGGUGAUGAGGCAUAG